AUGGACGCUCCCAACAAUACUUCUCAACCUCAGGACCCCCAAGUCGAUGUCCCUAAGGAGAACAGUCCUCCUCCAGCCUAUACACCGCGAAGAGUCCCUGUCACUGAUUUCACUGCCAUGAUGGCCAGAAUUAUUCAAGAGAGGCGGGAUACUCUCCCUAACUUGGGUGGGAAUAUCCCACACCCUCAGCCCCAACAAACCACGGGCACUUCCCUGCUUUCUGAUACUGUGGAUGAUGACCAAGACGAGACAUCUGAGGGAAGCUCACCCAUAAGCCUCAAGAUCGACACAUCUGUCAAUGUUUCACGAAACAACAACAUCGUGUGCCUGACAGCUACUCCCGCGGAACAGGCCAAUGCUAUAGCCAAGGCCGUCGUGCAAGCUUUACACGAGGGAAGCUCUGGCCGUUGCGGCAUUCCGAUGAUUGACGAGUCUGGCUGCCCUCGACCCUUGAGUAUCCAGGUUGCUGCGGGUCUGAAUGUUGAGGGAACAGGUAAUGUCAUCGGAAGCCGAGAUGUUAUCGGGGGUCUCAUCCAGAAACGCGCUGGAACUUCACUUCCACUUGAUCCGGAUGAUGAGGAAGACUUGGCCCCUACUAAGAGACGGCGAACAAGUUAUUAA